AUGAUCGAUUUGGCCCGAUCGUGUUAUAAUCUUUUUAUCUCUUUUCUAUCUAUCUAUCUAUCUAUCUAUCUCUUUUUAGAUAAAUAUCUCUUUAUUAUCUAUCUAUUUACCUCUCUUUUAUCUAUAUACCUAUCUAUUUUUUAUCUAUCUAUUAUCGACCAUUUUCCCAACAAAAGGCAAGAUGUCCAGCCUUUUUAUAACAUUCUUUUCUUCCUUUCUCCCGCUUUUUUCCAUUUCUCCCGCUUUUUUCCAUUUCUUCUGCUUUUCUUCCUUUCUCCCGCUUUUUUCAGUUAUCACGCUUCUUUUCUUUCAUCUCUCUUGCACACGCACUCUCUCUCUCUCUCUUUCCAUUUCCUUCCCUUUUUAAUAUUCUCCCGCUUUUUCCAUUUCUCCCGCUUUUUUCCAUUCUCCCGCUUUUUUUCAUUUCUCUCGCUUUUUUCUUUUUUCUCACUUUUUCUUUUUCUCUCACUUUUUCCCUUUUCUUUUCUCUUUUUCUUCUCUCUCUCUCUCUCUCUGUCUCUCUCUAUCUAUCUCUUUUUCCAUUUCCUUCCCUUUUUACUAUUCUCCCGCUUUUUUUCAUUUCUCCCGCUCUUUUCCUUUUUCUCACUUUUUCCUUUUCUCUCACUUUUUCCUUUUCUCUCACUUUUUUCCUUUUCCUUUCUCUUUUCCUUCUCUCUCUCUCUCUCUCUUUCCUUUUAUCUAUCUCAUCUAUCUAUCUAUUUCUUUUUUUAUCUAUCUACAUUUCCCUUUUUAAUCUAUGUUCAGUCUUUCUUUUCUUGCCCUCAAGGUUAA